UUGACAUCAAACAUCAUUUGACGUUUCUAAACGCUGUAAACAACAAGCUCGCUCGCCGUCCGAGAUGGCGAACGUUCUGCAGGAGUUAUCGAAUAUUUGCCGAUUUUGUUUGUGCCACAACGUGAAACUGUUGCUGCCAAUUGUGAAAACAUUGCAAACACUGUUGACGAUCGAAGAUAUUGAACGAUUCACCGGAAUUCAGCUCGACCCUGCCGACCUGUCGUACACAGUUUGUCUGGAAUGUAUAAACAAGAUGAAAAUAGCUGCCGAUUUUCGAUCCUUGUGCAUAAGCAAUGAUACGCGCUUUCAAAUGUUACACAGUAUGCUACUGGAAGGAACCGAAUGCGCAAGUAACGAACCGAUCGUUUGUAUAGAAACUUUUGACGAUUAUAAUGGAAAUGAUACGAUCGAUUACGCCAGUUUCGGACAGGGACUGGCGGCGUAUAGCUGCGACGAGCCUGUUUCAAGCCGAACGCUCAAUCGAGAAAGUUUUCAUGCAGCAAAGCGGAAACGGUCCACAGCCAGUGAGGGAAACACAUAUAACGUAGACGAAGAUUCUUACUCCGCUAAUUUCAUCGAGCCAGGCGUGACGUUAGUUACGGACGAAGAGGACAGUGAUCCGGAAAACUAUUUCAACACCAAAUUAAACCCUUCUUAUCCGGUUGUCGGCGCGGCAAAGUGUAAUCGCGGGAAACGAAAAGCUCAUCUUUGUGAUGCAUGCGGCAAAAUGGCCGUCGACCUUCCAUACCAUUAUUUAACCCAUGCCGCUGAACCAAAGUUCGCCUGUCCACACUGUCCCGUCAUGAUAAAGCAAAAGAAUAGUUUACAUGCACACAUAAAAACAGUGCAUCUCAAAAUGAUUACAAAAACUUGCGAAAUAUGCGGCAAAGGCUUCAUUCAUCACAAAACCUAUCGAUAUCAUAUGAGGUCACAUCAAAGCCAAGGCGAUACGUUCGAAUGUAAGACAUGCUCAAAAAAAUUCAGCCAUCCCAGCGGGCUUCAACAACAUUUCAAAAGAUUUCAUAGUAUCGUCAAUAAUCAGAAAUGAAUGAUCAAAGAUGAUUGAUAGCGUGUUGUACAACACAAUGCUCUAGAUGUAAGAUAAAGCAUUGGUUCCCGUUGGUAACGGCCAAACAGGACCCUUUUCUCAUUGAAGUCUCAUGAUCGUAUAUUUCUUCUACUAGUGCUUGUAAAGGAGGCUGGAUUCCACUGGUUAUUUUCCAUACGAAGAACCAAAGAAAUCGAAAUAGUAUCGAAAAUGUGGAAAUGGUCAAACCAGAGAUUGUGUAGUAGUACCAAGAUUCUAAUGCCCACCCAUACAGUUCAAAUGUAUGGGUGUGUGAGGGGUACAACUAAAUAAAUAGACAAUGUUUUGCUUGCUUUCAACGGUCAUUUCUGAGAAGGAUGUUCAGCAAAAUUGCUAAAAUUUUCAACAACUGCUAUUUACAUCUAAUGAAAUUUUUUUGUUUGACUGUUUUUGCUUUGGACUUUCGAAAUGCUGUUGUUUCAAAAUUACCGCCAAAUCACAUUCUUUUCCGCAAAAGAAGACACAUUUACUGUGUUCGAACUCGCCGCAUCGAUCAUCCCUCAUUGAUGGGUCUGUUGGUGUGCGUGACGACGGCUUUUGUUGACAUCAAACAGCAUUUGACGUUUCUAAACGCUGUAAACAACAAGCUCGCUCGCCGUCCGAGAUGGCGAACGUUCUGCAGGAGUUAUCGAAUAUUUGCCGAUUUUGUUUGUGCCACAACGUGAAACUGUUGCUGCCAAUUGAGAAAACUUUGCAAACACUGUUGACGAUCGAAGAUAUUGAACGAUUCACCGGAAUUCAGCUCGGCCCAGCCAACCUAUCGUACGCAGUGUGUCUGGAGUGUAUAAACAAGAUGAGGAUUUCUGCCGAUUUCCGAUCCUUGUGCAUAAGCAAUGAUACGCGCUUUCAAAUGUUACAGAGUGUGCUGCUGGAUAGAGCAGAACUCACAAAGAACGAACCGAUCGAAUGUGUAGAAAGUUCUGAUGAUGACAAUGGUACGAUGAAUUACGCCAGGUUCGGUCAGGAACUGGCGGAGUAUAGCUGCGACGAACCUGUUUCAAGCCGAACUCUCAAUAGAGAAAGUUUUCACGCAGCAAAGCGGAAACGGGGCACAGCCAGUGCGGAAAACACAUCAAACGAAGACAACCAGUUCUACUCCGCCAAUUACAUCGAGCCGGGCGUGACGUUAGUUUCGGACGAAGAGGAUAUUUCUCCGCGGGAGUUUAUAUUCACCCAAUUAAACAAUUCACGGUUCCCAGAGGUGCCAUACGAGCGUCAACGUGGAAAGCGAAAGCUGCACCUAUGUACCGUGUGCGGUAUUUUCGUAAAGCACAUGCCGAAACAUAUUAUCAAUCACGAGGACGAUAUCACCGAAGCCUGCCCGCACUGUCCGGUGAAAAUGAAACAAAAGGCCAACUUAAUGGCACACAUCAAAACGGUGCACCUGAAAACAAUUGGCAAAACGUGCGAAAUAUGCGGCAAGGGAUUUGUGCACCAUAAAACGUACCGAUAUCAUAUGAAGUCACAUCAGGAUGAAGGAGGAAUAUUUGAAUGCCAGUCGUGUUUGAAAACGUUCAGCCACUCGAACGCUCUGAAGGAUCACUUCAACAGGCUCCACAAUAUAACACGGAAGCAAAAAUAAACCAAAAUAUGAAUUUACUUUUCGUUUGUUUUGUUUGUCUCCAGAUUAAACUGCAGCACACAUUUGAACUGAUGUUUAAAAUUACUGGUGGAAUUAAAAAAAACUUUCCUGGCGACGAAAGUGAGAGAUGGUAAAAACUGCAGACUGGCGGGUUAACUCCUAGAAGGCUAAUUUGGCCUGUUCUCGAACAUGCAAAGCCUAGGUGCUUCUUAAACGCGGUUAGCUAGAAUAACUUCGGUAACGCCAAUCAUGAACAUGAAGCUUGUGAAAUCUUUCCCGUUAUCCUGGAUAUGAAGGAUGUUGCGCACCACACUGUAUACACAUUUGUUUGACGUAGGACUCUGUGUGACACCUGCUCGCUACAACAACAUUUCCAUUCUACUUACCAAUCUGACCGGCUCAACGGCCGGUUCAUAAAGUAUUGAGGGAAUGAUCAUAGUUUGAAAUAAAGCUGAUGCGUAUAAACGUGA